UAGGUUUCAAGGUUCCAACUAGCUAGUCUCUCAUUCCAAUUUUUUUUUUUGGCAAAAAAGGAAGCUUAUUGUUAAAAUACAAGUUUUAGAUGUAAAUAUAACUUGUAAAUUACUAUAACGUGUAAAUAUUUACUCCAUACCAGUCCUUUAAUGGCUAUGUGUCAGUAAUGUACAUCUAGCAUUAGUUUACGAUUCAGGAAAUUAGAGGAUAUAAAAUGAUGGACGGAAAUGAUUUAGUUACUGAAACUUCAAGAAGAGGUAUUAUUUCACAAGCAUGGACACGAAUUUCUCAGAUUUACCAAGGUACAUUAGAUAAAUGGACACCACAUGCCAAGUUUCGAUGGGGUGGAAGUUUUGUUCUUCUACUUUUGUUUAUGCUACGAAUAUUCACAAAGCAAGGAUGGUACAUUGUCACAUAUGCUUUGGGCAUUUAUCAUUUAAACCUGUUUAUUGCAUUCCUAACACCGAAGAUUGAUCCGGCCAUGGACUUUGAUGGUGAUGACGAUAAUGGUCCAGCCUUACCAACCAGAGCUACCGAAGAGUUUAGACCGUUUAUCAGAAGAUUGCCAGAGUUUAAGUUUUGGCUCUCUGUCACCAAAAGCACGCUGAUAGCUUUCUGCUGUACAUUCAUAGAUGCGUUUAAUAUUCCAGUAUUUUGGCCAAUAUUAGUAAUGUAUUUUAUAACCCUAUUCUGUAUUACUAUGAAGAGACAAAUCAAGCACAUGAUCAAGUACCGGUAUCUACCAUUUACUCACAGCAAACCAAAGUACAAAACUGUUGAUCCUGCUGUUACGGUGAACUGACGAUAUACAUUAACAUAUGUUAAUAAGAACCUUCAGGAGUC